AUGCUCUCAGCCGAUGAAGCGCACCGGUGCUUCGCACGGGACCGGGCACCUGGGGCUGCCCAGCCCCACCUAGCUCAGUCAGGUGCCUCUGCCGUCUGCAUCCUUGUACGUGGUUGUCUUCGCCAGUGGCAUGAACGAGAUUUUAGGUUGGGGAUUGGUGGUCUUCGUGCUGUGGGUGGUCUGCUGGACCUGUGUCCUGUUCUUUGCUUGGGCUUUGGCAGAUCGGCGAUUUAA